AUGCCCCCAGUCCGCAAAAGACCUCAGGUCAUCGAAUCGGACGAAGAAGAGGAAGAACAAAGAGGUCAAAGUUCAUCCGCCAGUCCAGCCAAGAAGAGGAAGACGGUUGUACAGGACAGUCAAGAUAUCAAUGACUCCGACUUGGACGAGAUCGAUAGUGGGAAUGAGGAUGUCGAGGCGGAUGAUAGUAUCUUGGUAGAUGGUGAUGUGGGAGGAGAAGGUGAACAACUGGAAAGAGGAAAAGUCAGCUUCAAACCUGAAUAUGACAGAGGGGAUGAUGGAUACGUCGCAGGUUCAGUGGUACGAAUCAAAAUGACCAAUUUCAUGACAUACGAUCACGUCGAAUUCAGACCUGGACCUCACCUCAAUAUGAUUUUGGGUCCAAAUGGAACGGGUAAAAGUAGUAUCGCUGCUGCCAUAGCUAUAGGUCUAGGAUUCGCUCCCAAGGUUAUGGGUCGAGCCAAUGAGCUUAAGGCAUAUGUGAAACAAGGUGCAGAUCAAGCUACGGUGGAGAUUGAAUUGAAAGGCAAAAGUGGAAAGAGGAAUAUCGUUAUAUGGAGGAAAUUCAAUAAAGAAGACGAAAAGUCAGAAUGGAAAUAUAAUGGAUCGACAUGUACCAGGCGAGAAGUGCUAGAAUACGUUCAAAGAUUCGGUAUACAAGCCAACAACUUGUGCUCUUUCCUCCCUCAGGAUAAAGUAGCAGAGUUCGCCAAGAUGGCUCCAGAAGUCGUACUGAAGGAAACGAUGAGAGCAGCUGGUGAUCCCAGAUUGACUAAAUGGCACGAAACGUUGAUCGAGAAAGGUGCCAAGGUGAAGGACAUCGCUAAUACUUAUGAAGGUCAUGCGAAUGUACGCGAUCGACUGCAAGCUCAGGUGGACGCUCUUGCACCUGAUGUGGAACACGUGCAGGAACGAGAAGCGAGGGAAUUGGAGGUGGAAAUCCUUGAACACUUGGUAGCUGUAUCCCAGCAUUCCCAAUUGAAGGAAGCGGUGGAAGCAGCUAAGAAAGAGAAAGAGCAAGUUGCAAAAAGAUACACCAAGUUACAAGGUAGAAGACAACCGCUAAAAGAGCUGAAAGAUCACUGGGAAAAGAAGGCCCAUAAAGAUGAAGUCAAAGUUCAGUCCACAGAAUCAAAGUACAAGGAUGGUAUGAAGGAUAUAAGGUCCAAGUUGAUCAAAGCUAGGGAUGAGGGCGAGAAAAGCACUCAGAUUGAUCAGCAGCUUGAGCGAUUAAGAAUGAAUCACCAGAGAAGACAGGAAGAAAAAGAGAAACUCCAGAAUCAGAUCGAGACGUGUCAGAAGAUCUUGGACGAACCUAGGGACGAUGUCAAUGAUCAAGUGAAAGCUAAGCACCGACAAAAGGCUGAGCUUCAGGCAACAUCUCGUCAGAAAGGCAACACAUUUGAAGAAUUGAAAGAUGAGUAUGAAGACAACAAAAAGAUGUUCGACGACUUGAAUCAAGAGCUUGAGGAUUUGAACAGGAAGCAAAGGAUGUUAGAGAAUAUCGAAAUCCAGAAGGAAAACGCUGCUAGGGAUUUUGACCCUUCGAUUGGAUUUAUGCUUGAUUGGCUUCAGAAGCACGGGCAUACGCUUGAAGGUCCAAUUUAUAAACCACCGAUGAUAUCCGUUAGUGUACCGAAUAGAGAGUAUGCCUGGCAAGUAGAGCAAUGUACCUCUCUACGAGACCGAUCUUCAUUCAUAUGUACCAAUCAAGCAGAUUUCGAUCGUCUGUUAGAUUUGAAUAAAUCCAAUUAUCCGCCCAGGAUCUCAUCUAACGGAAGGAGAAUCGAAGGUGGCAGAGUAAAGCUGAACCUGGCUUAUACCGAGGUGACCAACGAAACUGUCAAUCCUAAACGUCCAUGUGACCUGGAGACGCUGAAAACAUUGGGAAUGGAUGGAUUCGCUAUCGAUUAUGUUGAAGCUGAACCUGCUGUAAUUGCCUAUCUAUGUAGUAGAGCCAACCUACAUGCGACCGCUCUUACCCAAAGACCAUCUGUGCAAGUCGACGGGAGCGCCCUGACCGCGGUAGGUAUCAGGGCUUGGGCCACCAGAGAUGAUCACACCAGCGCCAUCCAAAGUGCCUACGGUCGAAGGGAAUUUGUGCAGAGGACCAAUCAGAAAGUACCUGCGAAGGCUUUCAACCUUUCAGUCGACCGAGACGCAGUAGCGAGAAUAGUGGAGGAAAUUGCUAGAAAGAAGAAAAUCAUAUUUGAUCGGGAACAACCUCAUUCAGCUUUGAAAGCUAGACUGGAUGAGGUUUAUCGCGAAAGAGAGGAUAUCAAGCGUCAGGUGGCCGAACUGGACAAGGAGAUCAAAGCGUUACAGGAGAAAGCCAAAAGAUGGCAAAGAGCUGCUACAGAUUAUGAACAACAUAAAGCGAAAUUAGCAAAAUUGGAAGCUCAACCUUCUCAAGAGGAAGAACGUAGAAAGUUGAAAGCUGAGAAGUUGAAAUUUGCCAAAGCGAGAUUGGGACCUUUAGAUGCUUGGCUUGAUUCAUGUGAUUUCGUAUUUGAGACCUGUUCGGAUAUGGUAACUGCGACUCUUACUGGUCUGCAAAGUAUGAUCAACAAGCAAGCUGUCUCGAGUAAAUUAAGUGAGGGUAAUGAGAUGUUAAAUAAUGCCAAGAAGGAUUUGGAGGCUGCCGGGGUCAAAGUUGACGAAGCUAAGACACAAGCUGCCAAUAAAUGGAGACAACUCACAGCUGCGAUUCAAGAAUCGUCGAAUGAGGUGAAAGAUGAAGUGAGGAAAAGAGCAAAAGACGUAUCGGCUUUACCCCCUCUGGAAGAGUUGGAAGGUCAACUUCACACUAUACGAGCGCAGUUGGAGAUGGCUGUGAAUAUACCUGGAAAUGUAGUGGAUAGAUAUAACGACUAUAAAGAUAAGCUCGAAAGAGCUCAGAAUGUCGUUGACCGCGAAGAAGCCGAAUUGAAUGGCCUCAAGAGGGACAUCAAGAAGACGUUGGACAUGUUCGAUCCGGCUCUAGAAACUCUGGUACAAGCUGUAUCAGCCAAAUUCUCGGCUGCAUUCGCUCGCGUGAAAUGUUCUGGAGAAGUUAGAAUACGUAGAGUAGAAGGUGAUUUCUCAGCUUGGGGAAUUGAGAUUUUGGUUUCGUACAGGGAUGAAGAUAGCUUGGCUAUCCUCACUGGAUCACAUCAAUCUGGAGGGGAACGAUCAUUGGCUACUGUCACUUAUCUUAUGUCGUUAUCGGAGAUGUCAAGAACGCCUUUCUCAUUAGUCGAUGAGAUCAAUCAGGGUAUGGACCAAAGAGCCGAAAGAGCUGUCCAUAAUCAGUUGGUCGAAGUGACUUGUGAUUCAGAUGCGGGACAAUACUUCCUAAUUACACCUAAAUUAUUGACCGGAUUGACUUACCAUCCAAAGAUGAAAGUAUUGAUUAUCAAUAACGGUACUAAUUUACCCGAUCCGAGAUUACAGAAUCAACGUUACGGUGACUUAUCUUCGUGUUUGAAGAAGUAUCAGAAGAAACAUUCUAUCGCUGCGCAUUAG